AUGGCACGCCCCCGCGUGACCAUCCGCACGCGUGACGGCACGGCGUGGGGCUACCUCGACGCGAACGAGCUCGGCACGUACAACAAGGACCUCGUUGCAAAGGUCGGGGCCGCUUUUGGCCUCGGCGACACCACCAUCUGGGAGCAGGCCCGCACCGAGGACGGCGGGCUCCAGCUCUUCGCGACCAACGAGGACUUCCUCGAGCUCAAGCAGGCGGUGGCCGACCUGGCGGCGGCCAAGGAGGAGGAGACGUCGCAUGCGGGCGGCGGCGCGACCUCCGACGACCCCGUCGACUCGUUCCUGGCGAUGGCGGGCACCUUCCUCGCUGCGGCCGAGCAGCAGUGGGCGGAGCCGCCGCCGCCCACGCCUGAGGCCGGCGUUACCUCGCUGGAGGUGCCCGAGCCGCUGGUGGAGCCCAUCGAGGGACAGGAGCAGCUCGAGGUCACCACGCCGCCGCACCCCGCCACGCUGCCGCCGCCGAUCGGGCUGACGGUGCGGCCGCCACCCGUCGAGGCGGGCGGCCAGGUCGACGCCUCGCCGCUGCCGCUCUCGCCACCCUCCAACAAGAAGCGCGGCGUCCUCGGCCAGCUCUCGGCCAACCUCUCCCGCGUCUUCUCGCCGCGCCGCAAGCCGGCGACGCCCGACGCCGACGCCGACGCGCAGGUGGCCGCCUCGGCCGCCGUCUCCACGCCGCCACCGCAGCCGCCGCGCGGCAUCAACCCCCCCGACACGGGUGAGCGCGACCUCGCCCUCAUGGGCUUCGAGUGAGUGGCGCCGCCGCCGCCGGGGUCGCAUGUACUGGUCGGCGCGUGGCGCCUCCGCUCCUCGUGGGACGCCCUCGAGCGAGCCCCCACGCCACCCCCCCCCCCCGGCGCUCCUCCCCCCCCGCGCUCCUGCACUGUCGCGCCCUCCCGCUAGCGCCAUCUCUUCUGUCGCGCCCUCUGGGCGCUUGAUGUACCGUCGCGCCUCCGGUGUCUGCUUGUCUCGUCUGACGUCUGAGGACUGCGCGAGGCGCUGUGUGCCUCGCUGCUCUCUCGUCUCUCUCUGGGAACUAUGCUGCUUUCUCUCUGCACUCUGGGACCCCGCCGCGCAGAGCACUGUGUACUGUCGUGCUCUGUGGAGUGGACUCUCUCGCUGUGGCGUCUGUCGCGUCCACCUGCGGUCCGAACUCGCCGGCUUCGAUAGAUCUUCUCCGUUUCU